AUGGCGGAUGAGCUCGAGCGCGAGAUCCUCGCGAUGGAGACGCGGCUCCUCGAGGUGAAGCUGACGAUGGAGGCCGAGAAGGUCAACUGGGAGCGCGCCAACAAGCCAACCAAGAAGACGGGUACGCAUUGGAAGCGAGCGGCGAGAACGCCUCCGACGUCGGCGCCGCCGGUUCCUGUGCCCCCGGCCGAGAAGCCGCGGGCUCCGAAGCGUUCGAUGACGGCGCUGCUUCGGCGACCAACAAGCGAAUGGAAUACAACUGACGUCGUCGCGUGGCUCGAGCACCUGCAGUUCUUGGAGCUCGCGCGCCUCGCGGCGGAGAGCGGCAUCAAUGGCGCACAUCUACUAAGUGCGCACUUGGGGUUGAGCGAUCUGCAUCUCCGCCAGCUCUUUCGCAUCGCGCUUGUCGACUCGUCCUGGAGAGCGUUCGUGCGGGAGGUCGCCAGCCUCCAUCGCCGUCAUGUCGAGAUGCAGCAGCAGCUCACACCACCGCCACGUAUGACACCCAACGACGUUUCGCUGCCGACGAUCGCACCGCCGACGCGCAAGCAGAAGCGCGUGAAGAAGACGCAACCCAUGGCUGCCUGCUGGAUCUGCGCCAAGAUGUGCCCCCGCCCCCCCUCGUACAAGGAAACGGUCUUUUGCUGUUCGGUCGAGUGUCAAGUCCGCGCCCAACACAACCAAAUCCAAGUGUCCGGCCACGUCGACAACAACGCCAUGGAGACGCCUCGCCCGACGAGAACGCCGCUACCUCGACGCCCCAAACCUUCUGGGACAUCGUCGUUUGUGCCCGCGACGGCAAAGCCGCGAGGCCAAGUGACGGCGCCAACUGACGCGCACCUUGUGCUCACGUCGCAUUGCUUACAACCUCCUUCCGCCACGUCACUGCCUCCCCCGAAAGUCCACCGUGCCAGCGCGGUGAAGCCGUCGACGACGACGCGUCCUCGCCACCCGCGGCCGAGCGCCGCCGUGCACUUUGAGGUUCGGCCGUCCAACCAGGCGUCGCAGCAACACACCAAGUACCGUCUCGACCCCGUCAUGUUGCAGGCGCCGACGCUCUCGACCCUGUUUCUACCCGUCGGCGGCGAUGCGACCAAGCGCCAGCUCUUGCACCACCUGCUGCCGUACCUGCGCAUGGGUGGGUGGAGUGCCCUCUUGGUUCUGAACCGGGCGUGGCAUGACGCGCUCGCGUCAGAUGAGAGUGCGUGGAAGAUCAUGGCCGCCGCUCGCUGGGCUCCGUCCGGCACGAUAGAUGCGCAGCUUGUGGCCGAGUAUCAGAGCCGCAAGCCCGGCAGCUGGCGCUUGGCGCUCGCGAACCUCACGCGCAAGUGCACGCGCGUCGCCCUCGAGAACGUCCGGGUUCUCAACGACGCCGAGACGUGGACGAUGGCGCACGCCAACCGCGCGAACCUCGUCGACGAGCUCGUGCUCUUGGUGUGUGCUGGCACCGGCGCCAUCAUCGGCGUCGAGACGAGCUCCAAGCUCAUCCAGGCGAUCGCGCCCGAGGUGUCGACGAUGGACAUUUUACACCGACUGGAGACGCACGAAUAUACCCGCCUGAGCGUCCAGCGACUCUGCCUCUUCCACGCCAGCCGCAUCCCGCUCUUUGACGAAUGGCCGGCCUUAGCGCGGCGUCCGUUUGCGACCUUUGAGACGCCGUCGUGGCGCGAGCUGCCCAUGUGUGCCGCUGUGCUACGAGCCACGAGGCGGCGCUACCGACGGUCGCUCACCGAGCUUCUCGACGGGCUCCUCAAGCGCGCGCGCACCCACAAGCGCAAGGACGCCAUGGCCGCGAUCGAAACCAUGUUGAGAGGUUAAAUAAAUAG